GAUCCAAACCAGAGCUCGUGCCGCACCACACACAGCUCGUGCGAUCGCUUGUCUCACUGCUUUUCGUUUGUAAACGGUUCGUGUGUAUUUCGUUUGAAUUGUGAGAAUAGGAUAUGGAAAGUAGAAAGGACGGGUUAAUGAGGACCGAGGGUGGUGACACAGGCACAGUGGGCUGUAAUAUCUCCGAAGUUUCUGACGACCAUCAAGAUAAGGCGUCUCGCCGAAACGGCACAUUCCCGGACUGUUUUCCUUAUUCACGGGACCGAGUACACCCAACGACGGAGGAUGCGCAGAGCGGCACUUUCAAGGAAAUGAGACACACAAGUAAGCCGUGUGCGCAGAAGCAAGAGCUUUCAGAUCUCCCUAAGAGAGAAGCGAGCAGCUCCGAGGCGGAAUCAGAUUUCUAUGAGGGAACUGAUGCGAGUUGCACCCCUGAACGCAUGGAUUAUCACAAUGCUCAAGGACGCGAGUCUCCGAGUCCCAGCACAGAGAGCACAGUGGAUGACGUGAAAGUGAACACAUGCCCCGGGGGCCUUUCAUACGGCUCGGAUCAGAUGCGACGCUACCGCACAGCUUUCACCAGGGAGCAGAUAGCUCGACUUGAAAAGGAAUUUUACAGGGAGAAUUACGUGUCUCGUCCACGCAGAUGUGAACUGGCAGCCGCCUUAAAUCUGCCUGAAACAACAAUCAAGGUCUGGUUCCAGAACCGGCGUAUGAAGGACAAAAGACAACGGCUGGCAAUGACUUGGCCCCACCCAGCCGACCCAGCUUUUUACAGCUACAUGGUGAGCCACACGGGGAACCUGCCCUAUUCGUUUUCUUCCCAUCUCCCUGUGGCUUACUACUCCCCCUUGGGUGGCAUGGCAGGGGGUUCAGGAACCGGAGCUUCAGCUCCUGCGUUUGCUAACCCUUUGCGCUCACUGGACACUUUCAGGCUUCUUUCUCAUCCAUAUCAGCGUCCCGAGCUGCUUUGCGCGUUUCGACACCCGUCGCUGUACGCAAGCGCAGGUCACGUCCUGGGUCCCGGCGGGACCGCGUGCUCGUGUCUUGCUUGUCAAUCAAACGGGACUGCUCAGAGGACGCAGACAAACGCAGACAUCACAUGCUCGUCCACCAGCAGAGAUGAUACAUUCCUUAUGUUCUCGCCUGCUUUUCUCAGCAAGUCACCGUCUGUUUCUGUUGAUCAGAGGGAGCAAGUACCGUUGACCAGAUAAGACACAUGAAAACAGUCACGGACCUUUUUUUUGUCAGUUUACCACAAACGACUGUAACGCAUGAACGAGCCGAACUCUCCAAACCCCGACAGUUAAGGAAAACUUUGUUAACAUGUACAUUUUCCAUUUACGAAGCUAGCUUUUGCGUAAUGAAAUACACGUUUAAUAUGACACGUUUGGCUGUUCCAGGCCGGAAAGAUUGAAGGAAAAGUUAUUAUAAUUUAACAUUUUUUCUUUAACAUAAUUAAAUUAACCCACAUGCGAUAGUCUAUGCUUUCUUUUUAUUUCUUUUCUUUUUUAAUGAAGGAGGUGUGUGAAGACCCUGAGCGCGAAUAAAAGGUAUUAUGGUGGAAUUCACAUUUGUAAUGGCGCCAAGGAACGAACGGGGAAGUGCUGGGUGAUGUUGGAGUAGGUGUUCAAGAGAUUAAAUUAACAUAUCAGAUAUACACAACUUUCAAACUCCUAUUUUUUUCCUUUUUUUCGUUUCUUCUUUCUCAUUCAUAUGAAAUACCACUACAAAAUAGAUCUAGGCUAUAUAAACUGAAAUUAUUUUAAAAUAUCUAUUUGCCUCUCGUACGUGUGUGUGUGUGUGUGUGUGUGUGUGUGUGUGUGUGUGUGUGUGUGUGUGUGUGUGUGUGUGUGUGUGUGUGUGUAUGUGUUAUUUUCGCUUUUCUCAAUGAACAAACACAAAGAGAAGAAUUGGUUCUAUGGUCAUGUGACAUUCAGCCUCUGGAAAUCUCUUGGCUGUCAUUCAUGUCAUGAAAUUCAUAAUAAAACCGUGUUUUGAUAAAAAAAAA